AUGCAUAUAUUGCUAGUCAACGACGACGGCCCGCCCUCGGCGCGCCUCUCCCCAUACGUGCAGCCUCUCGUCAACGCCCUCCAGCGCGCCGGCCAUCUCAUCUCCGUCGCCAUCCCCGCCGCCUCACGCUCCUGGAUCGGCAAAGCGCACAUCAUCGAAGCCCCAUUGAAAGCAACCUACGUACCCCCAGCCGCGUUCCGCAAUGACGGCACCUGGGACGAGUCAUACACAGACGACAACGACGCCGAGACCGAAUGGCCCUGGGUCGUGAUCACAAACGGCACGCCCGCCAGCUGCGUGCAGCUCGGCCUCUUCAACCUCUUCAGCGACAGACCACCCAUCGACCUCGUGAUCUCCGGCCCGAACCACGGGCGCAACGCAUCAACAAUCUACAACCUCUCGAGCGGGACCGUAGGAGGCGCUCUUGAGGCCGCGACGUGCGGAAAGCGCGGGAUCGCAGUCUCCUUCGGCAGCAAGGACGCGCAGCCGGGUGACAUCAUUGAAGCGGCCGCGCGACUAGCCGUGCGCAUUGUGCACCACCUUCUCGAAAACUGGGAUGAGCGCGUGGAGCUGUAUAACCUGAAUAUCCCCAUGCGGCUGGACGUUGAGACGAGGCCUGUGCUGUAUACGAGGACGCUCCCGUAUUAUUGGUCGCAGGGUUGUCUUUAUGCAGAGGUUGAUGCAGAUGCAGCUGCAGCUGCAGCUGUGGGUGGGAAGAAGGCGUUGACGAAUGGGGUGAAUGGGCAUGGACAUGGUCUUACGAAUGGCGAAGCGGAGAAGGAGAAGGAGACGGAUAUCGCGACGCUCAGCAACGGCGCUCAGGAUCAGACGAAUGGGACGAAGCCCUCAUCUACACUCAAAUCGCGUGACUUCAAGUGGUCCGCCCAGCUCACAGACAUGAAGAAGGCCCUGCAAGAGAGUCCAGAGGGCACAGAUGCGCAUACCGUAUUGAACGGCAGCACCAGGUACGAAUUGCACCCCAUAUCCAAACCCGACCAUGGAUUUGAAUACUGA